AUGCCUUCAGAGCCACCAGCGUCCUGUAACGCAGUCGGACUGCCGAUGAAGUACUGCUCCAAGCAGUAUCGGGAUCAGGCCAAAAGGACACUCCACAGUCCCGGAACAUCCUCCUCGUCUUCGACUCCAUCUGGGAACACGAAUCCCAGUUCCAGUCCAGACUCAAACAGCACAUCCCCGCCGACGCCGCUAUGGACGCCAGCAGACCCCGAGGCGCCGCCCAUGUCUCGGUACCGCCAGCAUGUCAACACAAAAUUCUCACAGUCGCUGCGUGACUCGCACGAGCUGCACGGUUGGACGGUGCAGAAUCCGCACCAGUUCUGGAUCGACCUGUACGAGUACUGCGGGAUUGUGCCCUCGUUGCCCAAGCACACCAAACUGGCAUACAACCCGAAAGCACGCCUGCGUGACAUUCCAACCUUCUUCCCGGGCCUCCGACUCAACUACGCCGAGAACGUGCUGGUUCCUAACACGGCCGCGAAUCCAAAUGCCGUCGCACUGGUCGGGCUACGCGAGAAUCGCCUUGACGACCCAGAGGAGAUCACUUGGGCUGAGCUGACGGAGCUGGUGCGCGUGGCGCGGUCGGCCAUGGUGCGUCGAGGGAUCAAGAAGGGCGACGUGGUGGCCGGGCUGAUGGCCAACUCGGUCUGGAUCAUCGUGCUGUUUUUGGCCACCGCGUCCAUAGGCGCCAUCUUUACCUCCGUGUCCCCGGAUCUGGGGGUCUCGGGCUGCGUCAGCCGGUUCGCCCAGGUCGAGCCUAAGUGGCUGUUCGCCGACGUCGACGUGGCGGUGCGCGGCACGCGGCCAUCGAUGCUGGGCAAAGUCAUGCAGGUGCUCAAGGCACUGCCGGCGGCCAAACCAAAGCCGCGCCUCGUCUUCGUGCCCACGUGCCACCGCCCGCACCGGCAGCAGCACAUAGACUACAUCAAGCCGGUUGGGGGCGCCAUCUCGCUGCACGAGUUCCUCACCAAGGCCCGGACCGGCGACAAGCUGAUAUACACGCGCGUGCCGACGGACCAUCCGCUGGUGAUCGUGUACAGCUCGGGCACGACGGGGGAGCCCAAGUGCAUCGUGUCGCCGCACAUGUCGGUCCUGAACUACAAGAAAAUCUCGCUGCUGCACAACGGACUGGGCCCGGGGUCGACCGUGUUCCAGUUCUCGUCGACGAGCUGGAUCCUGUGGAACGUCAUGAACGGCCACCUGUCGGUGGGAGCCAAGGUCGUCUGCUACGACGGCGGGGCGCUGCACCCGGACCCGUCGACGAUGCUGCGCAUCUGCGCCCAGUUCCGCGCCACGUACUGGGGCACGUCACCCCGCUACCUGCUCGAGCUCGAGCAGUCAGGCAUCCGGCCGAACGCGUUCGACCUGUCACGCCUCGCCCUGGUGACGACAACGGGCGCCACGCUCACGGGCGAGCAGUUCCACUGGUUCUAUCGCGCGUUCCCGCGGCGCAUCCACCUGUCCAGCGUCGCCGGCGGCACCGACAUCGCCUCGUCGUGGAUCGCCACCAACCCGGCCGGGCCCGUCUACGCCAACGAGAUGCAGAUGUGGGCGCUGGGCCACGACUGCGACAUCCUCGACAGCGAGACGGGCCGCUCGUGCGCCGCGGAGGGCCGCCCCGGCGAACUCGUCUGCCGCAAGCCUUUUCCCAGCAUGCCCUGCAAGUUCUGGGGCGACACACCCGACCACCAGAAAUACCGCGAGGCAUACUUUGAAAAGUUUCCACUUAGUGACAACAAUACUGACAAGACCGCCGCUGCCGACGGAGAAUACCUCGACGUGUGGGCCCAGCAUGACUUCAUCGUCAUGAACCCUCUGACCAAGGGCCUUCAGAUCCUCGGCCGCAGCGACGGGGUGCUCAACCCGAGCGGGAUUCGCUUCGGCUCGUCCGAGGUGUACAACAUCGUCGAGGGCCCGCAAUUCAACACGCUGAUCUCGGACACGCUGUGCGUGGGCCGGCGGCGCGCACACGACAAGGACGAGACCGUGUUCCUCUUCGUCGUCAUGGCGCCGGGCCACGACGCAGAUUUCACCCCGGCCCUGGUCGAACAGCUCCGCGCCGCCGUCCGCGACGGCCUGUCGCCGCGGCACGUGCCGAAAUUCAUAGAGCAGGUCCGCGAGAUCCCCUACACGGUCAACGGGAAGAAGGUCGAGGUCGCCGUCAAGCGCGUCAUUUCGGGCCAGGUCGUCAAGACGAGUUCCACCGUCAGGAACCCCGCGUGUCUGGCAGAGUAUGAGCGCUUCAGGGACUUAGAGCGCGCGCCGCAGCGGCAGAAGCAGACGGGUCGGAGGGGAAUGGCCAAGUUGUGA